AUGGGGAGGAAGGCGAGCAGUGGAGCGGAGAACAUCAAGGUCCUCGUGCGCUGCCGCCCGCUGAGCGAGAAGGAGCACGCGCAGGGGUACAAGUCCUGCGUGGACCUGGACCUCACCGAGCACACCGUCACCGUGCGGAGCAUCGUGGGCGAGCCCGACCGGUGGACCUUCGACGCGGUCAUCAACAACACCUUCAGCCAGCGCGACAUCUUCACGCAGUUCAUCAUGCCCCUGGUGGACUCCGUACUGGAGGGCUACAACGCCACCGUCUUCGCCUACGGGCAGUCGGGGUCUGGCAAGACGCACACCAUGACGGGGAAAAUUGACGACCCCGAGCUGAAGGGGGUGACGCCGCGCUGCUUUGACCACAUCUUUGAGCGCAUCGCGGCGAUGAAGGCGGCGGCGGCGAACAUGCAGUUCUCCAUGUACGUCUCCUUCAUUGAGCUCUACAACGGCAAGGUGCAGGACCUGCUGGCGCGGCAGCAGGUCCCGCUCGCGCUGAAGGAAAACAAGGACAAGACCUUUUACGUGCAGGGGGCCCACAUCCCGCAGGUGAAGUCCCCCGAUGACAUCUUCCGCCACAUGGAGGAGGGCAACGAGCGCCGGCGCGUGGCCUCAACCGACCUCAACGCCGACAGCUCCCGCUCCCACUCCGUCUUCUCGCUCAUUAUUGAAUGCACGGAAAUCUGCGAGGACGGGGACUCCCGCUCUGUGACGAGUAAGCUGAACCUCGUGGACCUGGCAGGGUCGGAGCGGCAGAGCAAAACCGGCGCCCUCGGCGACACCCUGAGGGAGGGCUGCAACAUCAAUCUCUCGCUCAGUGCGCUGGGGACGGUGAUUGACACGAUUGUUAAAGGCAGGGGCCACGUGCCAUUUCGCAGCAGCCCACUCACCAUGCUGCUAAAGGACUCCCUUGGUGGUUCCAGCAAGACGGUUAUGUUUGCAAACAUUGGCCCCAGUGAACACAACUUCUCCGAGACGGUGAGUACCCUGCGCUUUGCCGAUCGCGCCAAACAAAUCAAGAACAAACCCGUUGUCAACAUGGAUACAAAGGAUCAGAAGAUUCUUGAGCUGACAGAGCUUGUGCAUGAGCUGCGGGAGAAGUUGAAGCGGUACGACACGGAGGGAACGGGCGCACUAGAACGGGAGGUGGAGGAGCUGCGGGAGAAGGUGGGUGAGCUGGAAGUGAGCCUCGACAGUGCAGUGCGGGCGCGUGAGGCGGAUGCCGUGGACUUUGAGAACUUCAAGGCGAAGUUGAACAUGGAGCGGCAGGCCACCACCAGCAGGGUCGUCGAGCUGGAGGAUCUUAUUGGGCAACUGCAGAAUGAUCUUCAGAUCAUGGAGUCCAGCGUGACAGACGAGCGCCUGCAGCGGGAGGAGGCUCUGCGGCUUUGCUCGCAGUACCUUCGCGGUGACGAUGAGGAGGAGAAAUGCAAACCCAUCACGACGCUCAACGAGCUGGAGGCGGUGCUACAGGACCGCGCACACGGCAAGCACAGCCAGGAGUUGGCGCGCCUGCACAACGCCGUGCAGAAGCUUGGGGUGGAGGCAAAGCAGAUGCGGAAGGAGCACAAGGCCGUGACGAGGGAAUUGGAGGAGAAGCUGCAUGAGGCCCAGUCGUCGCUAAAGUCGACGGAGGCAAAGUUGCGCAAGGCAAAUAAGGAGUUAAAUGAGCUGCGUGAGGGACGGGAAGAGGCCUCACAAUCGCCUGGUGGCGCCGCGGCUAGCAGCAAUGAGGUGGCAGAGCUGCGAACUGCACUUGAAAACGCGCAGCAGCAGCUGGAGGACAAGGGUGCCCUGGCCCAAAUAGAGGUGAAGCUGCAGAAAAUGCAGAGUAGCCACGAGAAGACCGUCACGGCCUAUCUGACACAAUUGCAGAAGGCGAAGGAGGCCCUUAGCAACCCUGGGGCGAAUGACUCACUUAUUGUGCAGCAACUGCGUGCCAUCCUUGCGGAGGAUGACAAGAGCUACAGCGUUGCACUCUCGCACAUGUCUGACAUGCACAACUUUAUGCAAGACUUGAAAUCCGCGAUGCGAGAGGCGCAGGCUGUACCACUUGCAGCCAUCAGCGGCAACGCGGACGCCUCGCGGGACACCAUUAAAAAGAUUGAGGUGGUGGAUGCCAAUGAGGCCGGCAUGUACGCAGGCAUGCUGUCAAACUUGCACAACGCCGUGGACAAGGCACAAACGCGCCGUAACAAGGUUCUUGACGCCAUCGCGGCUUUGCCGGAUGCCCCGCCGGACUUCAAGGAGGAACUCAGCAAGCUGAUGAGCGAGAACGCCGAGCUGCGGCAGAUGUAUAAAGAAGCUAUGCAGGGCGCAGAGGCGGCGCAGGCACGCGUGGUAGAGGAGCAGCGUCGCAGCGUGGCGGAAGGGACCCUGCAGGCCAAGCUUGAAAAGAUGCGCAGGCAUUACGAAAAGCGGGAGGGGGAAUUGCUGGCUGCCAUGAAGGUAGAUGAGAGUAACGGGGACGCAAAGGCGGUGUUGGCGCUGCUGAGCAAAAAUGCAGCUCGCCAGACCGCUGCUGGCGUCAGUGAGGCGGCCCAGAAGGAGAUCGAGGACCUCCGCAACGAGUUGGAGGAGGAGCGUGCCAAGAGCGAGGGGCUGUUGCGCGCCAAGGAGGCGCAGCAGGAGGAGCUGAAGUCGAUGCGCAAGGAGGCGGCGGAGAGCGAGCGCCGCUACGUGGAUUUGGAGGGAAAAAUGAACGAGAUGGUGAGCGAGUACGAGCGACAGUUAGAGGACGCACACAGCAGCACGGAGCGGAUAUCCGAGCUGGCGGCCCGGCUAAAGGAGCGCACGGAUCAGCUGGACCAGAUGCGUGGCCUGCUCGAGAAGCAAAAGGCGCUGAUUGUAAAGAGCAACGAGAAGUCGGAGGAGUUGCAGCAUAGGCUGCGGGAGACAAACGCGGCGGCGGAGCGGACGCUGGAGGUGUACCGGCAGAAGCUGCAGGAGCGCGACGAAAACUUUCAGAGUGUGCUGAACCAACGGCUGGAGGAGUACGCGCAGGGCCACCGCGGCGACGUCACAAAGCAGGAGGAAAAGUCGAAGAAGCUGCGAAAGAAGAUCAAGAAGCUAGAGAGCGAGGUGGACCGCCUCAAGGAGGAGUACGACCGCAAGGUAUGCGAGUGCGAGGACCAGCGCAACACCGUUGAGGAGCAGAAGGUGGAGCUGAUGCGGCUGCUGCGCCGCAUGGGGCAGACGGAGGAGGAAGCGGAGGUGUAUGAGAAGAAGGAGAAGAUCCAGAACGCCCUGGAGCGUGCCAAGGAGGAGCAGCGGAGGAAGAAGGACCUCUUCGCCCUCGGCGAGGUGGCCAACGUGCGGCGUGCCGAGUACUGA